AUGGUGUGUUUUAAGGAUGCUUUAUGUCUUAUGGAUCCUACUAAUCGGGCUUAUCUCCAUAUUGAAGAAGCAUCUCUUCUUAUUCGGCGUGCAAAAAUCAGUCCUGGAAUUUUACUUGCACACGCAAAAGCUCUUUCUCAAGGUAAGUUCAAGUACCCACUCACCAGAGUAGAGGCUAAAACACUCACGAUUCAUUCUGGUGUUCAAAGUGAAACUAUUGACAAUAUUAUACUCGGCCAACUACCGAAAAGAAUCAUCAUUGGAUUUGUCGAAAAUGACGCAUUCACCGGUCAUCGUAGUAAAACUCCCUUUAACUUUAGACACUUUAUUAUCUUUCAUUUCUCUCUCUACGUGGACGGUAUACAAAUCCCGCCAAAGACUUUGCAACCAGAUUUCUCAAAAGGAAAGCUAUAUAUUGAUACUCAUUAUACUCUGUUUUCCGGAACGGGGAUUCAUUUUAUGAACGAAAGAAAUAAUAUUGCAUUUGAUCUCACUCCUGAUCUUUCUGCAAAUUGUCAAUCUCACUGGAAUCUUGUUAAACAUGGCAGCCUUAGAAUUGAGCUUCGUGUAGAAGAGACACUACAACAAACUAUUAAUUGUAUAGUCUACACAGAAUACGACAAUGUCUUGGAAAUUCACGCGUCCAGACAGGUUAUAGUAGAUUACAGCGAUUAA